AUUGUCUCAAGCAUUUUGUCAAGACUCCCAACAAAGACAUGCUUGAAUUGUAAGCUUGUUUGCAAGGAAUGGUAUGGAAUCAUCAUCAGUCCUGAAUUCGCCGAUGUACGCUCUUCUAAUUGCUCGUAUACGCCCAUAAUGCUCUACGGCGUGUUCGAGGAGAGGAUGGAUUUUAUGGUGCUCGACAUAGACAGAUGCUCAAAGAAUGAUGCCAUUACAAGUGUCGAUUCUGUGGUCAGGUUCAGGCCUAGGCUCAGCCCUCGGCUAAGUGACAUCGACUACACCGUGGUUAACGAAUGCAACGGGUUGGUCCUCUUGGCGUCGUGGAGGCAGUGGGAUCCUUUCGUUAUAUGCAACCUUCUGACGGGGGAACAAGUCACUGUCGAGCAAUGUUCGAGACUUGGUAAUUAUUGGUUAGUGGUCGAUGGAUUAGGUUGCUGCACAGUUUCUAGGCAGUUUAAGGUCCUUAGAAUCCUCCAGGACAAGGAGGAUGACAAGUUUUUUGUGGCCGAUAUACAGACUCUUGGUUCGAACGAAUGGAGGGCAGUCGAAGGUGAGGCACCGCUGAAUUUCGACACUCUCGGGAUAGGGGCCUUCCUCGAGAGCGGAGCCUUCCUGCACGGCUCGCUGCACAGGUACUCGAACAUGGACAACUCCAUAUGGUCCUUCCAUUUCAGUAAGGAGAAAUUUUGCCAAGUUCCGACACUGGAUAACAUGAAGAGAGGGGGCUACAAAUGCCUGCAUGUUUUCGACAAUUCUUGCCUUGUUCUUACUUCCUUAAACAAGUUAUUGGAUUAG